AUGUCUUAUACUGGGUGGACAGUUGAUGAUUGGAAAAAAUUUCAUUAUGAAUCAACACCAAAUGAAUCAUUUGAAUUAUUAAAAAAGUUAUUAGAAUCACAAAAAACAUAUAAACAAGAUGCUGCUUGGAUAUCAUUAGCAUCAAUUGAUAAUUUACAACAUCAAUGGAAAUUUCUUCAAUCAAAAUCAAAUAAGCAAAAUUUACCAUUAUAUGGAGUACCUAUCGCUAUCAAAGAUAAUAUAGACGUCAAAGGUUUUGAAACUACAGCUGCAUGUCCAUCAUUUGCAUACUUACCAGAAAAAGAUGCAACUACAGUAAAAUUAUUAAGAGAUUCGGGUGCGAUAAUAAUUGGUAAAACAAAUUUAGAUCAAUUUGCCACGGGAUUAGUUGGUACAAGAUCUCCUUAUGGAAUAACACCAAAUACUUUUAAUUCAAAAUAUGUCGGUGGUGGUUCAUCUGCUGGUUCAGCUUCAGUAGUUGCUAGAGGUAUUGUUCCCAUUGCAUUAGGAACAGAUACUGCAGGUUCAGGUAGAGUUCCAGCUGCUUUAAAUAAUAUUAUAGGGUUAAAACCAACAAAGGGAGUAUUUUCAUGUUCAGGAGUUGUUCCAGCUUGUAAAUCAUUAGAUUGCGUUUCAAUAUUUGCAUUAAAUUUAAAUGAUGCUCAAUUAACAUUUAGUAUAAUGGCAGGUGAAGAUUUAGAUGAUGAAUAUUCAAGAUCAAUGCCACAAAAUCCAUUAUUAAAAUUUUCAACAAAACCAAAAGUUUUACUGCCUACAAGUCUAAUAUGGUGUGGUGAAGAAGAAAAUCCAAAAUUAUAUAAUCAAGCAAUUGAAAUUUUUAAACUGAUUGAUUGUGAGGUAAUCUCACAAGGUAUUGAUCCUUUAAUUGAAUUAGCAAAAUGUUUAUAUGAAGGGCCUUGGGUAACUGAAAGAUACGCCGCCCUUAAAGAUUUUCUUGCAACUAAUCCACCUAAAGAAGAUUUAGAUUCCACAGUAUUGAAAAUUAUUAAAGGUGGUGAAAAUUAUUCAGCUGUUGAUUGUUUUAAAUUUGAAUAUAAAAGACAAGGUAUACUACAAAAAGUUAAAAAAUUGUUAAAAGAUAUAGAUGUUAUUAUUGUUCCUACUGCACCAUUAACUCCAACAAUCGAACAAGUUGAAAAUGAACCAAUAAAAGUUAAUUCAUGUCAAGGUACUUAUACAAAUUUUGUAAAUUUAGCUGAUAUGUCAGCUUUAGCCAUCCCUGCUGGUUUCAGAAAGGAUGGUUUACCAUUUGGUAUUACUUUAUUAUCCCAUAAAUUUAAUGAUUAUGCAUUAUUAGAAUUAGCAGAUCGAUAUUUGAAAAAUUAUUUUGAAAAAAUUCCAAAUUUUUAUGGGUGUUUGAAAAAUGAGCCAAAAAUUUAUAAUCGAUUAAUUACUCCAUCUUUGGAUUCAUCAGAACAAAUUAAAUUAGCAGUUGUUGGUGCUCAUUUAAAAGGAUUUCAAUUACAUUGGCAAUUGGAAAAAGUAAAUGCAAAAUUUAUACAAUCAACAACAACAUCAAAGAACUACAAAUUAUAUGCAUUGCCCAAAACUGGUCCAAUUGCAAAACCUGGUUUACGUAGAGUUGAAAAAGAUGGAGCUGAAAUUAUAAUUGAAAUUUAUUCAAUCCCAAAGGAAAAAUUUGGAACAUUUAUCAAUUUUGUACCUGAACCUUUGGGUAUUGGAUCUGUCGAAUUAAAAUCUGGUGAAUGGGUUAAAUCAUUUAUAUGUGAAGAAUUUGGGUAUAAAUUACCAGGUACUGUAGAUAUAACUAAAUUUGGUGGUUGGAAAAAUUAUCAAAAUCAACCAGCUAAAAAACCAUUUAAUUCAGUGUUAGUUGCAAAUAGAGGUGAAAUUGCAGUAAGAAUUAUAAAAACUUUAAAGAAAUUGGGUAUCAAAUCAAUAGCUAUAUAUUCAGAUCCUGAUAAGUAUGCACAACAUUCAAUGAUGGCCGAUGUUUCAAUUCCAUUACAUGGUACAACUGCAGCUCAAACAUAUAUAGACAUUGAUAAAGUUAUUAAAGCUGCCGAAGAAAGUGGAGCAGAAGCGAUAAUUCCAGGUUAUGGUUUCCUUUCUGAAAAUGCUGAUUUUGCUGAUAGAUGUGAGAAAAAAGGUAUUGUAUUUGUUGGGCCUUCAGGUGAUUCAAUCAGAAAGUUGGGUUUAAAACAUUCAGCAAGAGAAAUUGCUGAAAAAGCUGGUGUUCCUUUAGUUCCAGGUUCUAGAUUAAUUAAAGAUUCGAAAGAAGCUAAAGAAGUUGCACGAAAAUUGGAAUAUCCAAUUAUGGUUAAAUCAACAGCUGGUGGAGGAGGUAUUGGUUUACAAAAAGUAGAUUCUGAAGAAGAUAUAGAACGUGUUUUUCAAACUGUUCAACAUCAAGGUAAAUCAUAUUUUGGGGAUGAUGGUGUAUUUUUAGAAAGAUUCGUUGAAAAUGCAAGACAUGUUGAAAUUCAAAUGUUGGGUGAUGGUUUUGGUGGUGCUAUUGCAGUUGGUGAAAGAGAUUGUUCAUUACAACGUAGAAAUCAAAAAAUUAUUGAGGAAACUCCAGCACCAAAUCUACCUGAAUCUACUAGACAAAAGAUGAGAAAAGCUGCUGAAUCUUUAGGUUCAACUAUGAAGUAUAAAUGUGCUGGUACUGUUGAAUAUAUUUAUGAUCCAAAAAGAGAUGAAUUUUAUUUUCUUGAAGUUAAUGCAAGAUUACAAGUUGAACAUCCAAUAACUGAAAUGGUCACAGGUUUAGAUUUAGUUGAAUGGAUGUUAUUAAUAGCCGCUAAUACACCACCAGAUUUUAAUCAAGAAAUUAAAGUAACCGGAGCAUCAAUGGAAGCAAGAUUAUAUGCUGAAAAUCCAGUCAAAGGUUUUAUGCCUUCACCAGGUCAAUUAACACAAGUUGAAUUUCCAAAAUGGGCUAGAAUAGAUACUUGGGUUGAAAAAGGUACAACUGUUUCUGCAGAAUAUGAUCCUACAUUGGCAAAAAUUAUAGUUCAUGGUAAAGAUAGAAAAGAUGCGUUAAAUAAAUUACGUCAAGCAUUGAGUGAAACUGUUGUUUUUGGAUGUAUCACAAAUGUUGAUUAUUUAAGAUCAAUUGCAAAUUCGAAAAUGUUUGAAGAAGCAAAAGUUGCCACUAAAGUUUUAGAUUCUUAUGAUUAUAAACCACAUGCAAUUGAAAUCUUGAAUCCUGGUGCAUAUACAACUGUUCAAGAUUAUCCAGGUAGAAAAGGUUAUUGGAAUAUUGGUGUUCCACCAUCUGGUUGUAUGGAUCAAUAUGCUUUUAGAUUAGCUAAUAGAAUUGUUGGUAAUGAUGAAAAAUCUCCAGGUAUUGAAAUUACAUUAAAUGGACCAAAAAUUUUAUUUCAUCAAAAUUGUGUAGUUGCUAUAACUGGUGGUCAAACCAAAAUUGAAAUUAAUAAUGAAUUGAAAUCACAAUGGGAACCAUUAAAUAUAAAAUCUGGUGAUGUUUUAACAAUUGGAAAAUUAACAAGUGGUUGUAGAGCAUAUUUAGCAAUUAGAGGAGGAAUCGAUGUUGUUGAAUAUCUUGGAUCAAGAUCAACAUUUGCUUUAGGUAAUUUAGGUGGUUAUAAUGGUAGAGUAUUAAAAUUAGGUGACGUUUUAUUUUUAGGUCAGCCUGUUUCAAGUUGUACAUUACCAACACCAAUAUCUGAACCAACAAAUAUACCCAAAUCAAUUAUACCAAAUUAUGAUACUAAAAUAUGGCAAGUUGGAGUUACAUGUGGACCACAUGGAUCACCAGAUUUUUUCAAACCUGAAUCAGUUCAAGAAUUUUUCACAUCUCAUUGGAAAGUACAUUAUAAUUCAAAUAGAUUUGGUGUUAGAUUAAUAGGUCCAAAACCAAAAUGGGCGAGAAAAGAUGGUGGUGAAGCUGGUUUACAUCCUUCAAAUACUCAUGAUUAUGUUUAUUCAAUGGGUGCUGUUAAUUUUACUGGGGAUGAACCUGUAAUAUUAACAUGUGAUGGUCCUUCAUUAGGUGGAUUUGUUUGUGAAGCAGUUGUUUGUGAAAGUGAAUUAUGGAAAAUUGGUCAAGUAAAACCUGGUGAUUCAAUACAAUUUAUCCCAAUUACUUUUGAAUCAGCAAAGAAACUAAAAAAGCAACAAAAUGAAAUAAUAAACAAUUUACAUGGAGAUUUACCAGUUUUAAAUGCAAGUGAUAUACAAAAUCCAGUACUUUAUCAGUUUCAAGUAUCUUCCAAUGCACCAAGAAUUACUUAUAGACAAGCUGGUGAUAGAUAUAUAUUAGUUGAAUAUGGUGAAAAUAUUCUUGAUUUAAAUAAAGCUUAUCGUAUUCAUAAAUUAGUAGAAAUGGUUAAAGAAUUUAAACCAAAAGGUAUAUUUGAAUUAUCACCUGGUGUUAGAUCAGUAUUGGUUGAGUUUACAGAUGAAAUAUUACAACAGGAAGCUUUAGAUAUUUUAGUUUCAUAUGAAAAGGAAAUGAUGUUCAUAAAUAAAUGGGAAGUCAAAUCACGAAUUAUAAAAUUACCAAUGGCAUUUGAAGAUAAAAAGACACUAGAUGCAGUUGAAAGAUAUCAAGAAACAAUUAGAAAUGAAGCUCCAUGGCUACCAAAUAAUGUUGAUUUUAUUGCAUCAAUAAAUGGAAUAACAAGAGAUGAUGUGAAAGAUAUGUUAUAUACUGCUAGAUUUUUAGUUUUAGGUUUAGGUGAUGUAUUUUUAGGAGCUCCUUGUGCAGUUCCAUUAGACCCAAGACAUAGAUUUUUAGGUACUAAAUAUAAUCCAAGUAGAACUUAUACACCAAAUGGUACUGUUGGUAUUGGUGGUAAUUAUAUGUGUAUAUAUACAAUGGAAUCUCCAGGUGGUUAUCAAUUAGUAGGUAGAACAUUACCUAUAUGGGAUAAAUUAACAUUGAGUAAACAUUCCAAUAAACCAUGGUUAUUAUCACCAUUUGAUCAAAUUGAAUUUUAUCCAGUUUCAGAAUCAGAAAUUGAUUCAAUGUCAGAAGAAAUGCAAGCUGGUAAAUUUGAUGUUGAAAUUAUUGAUUCAGUUUUCGAUCAUGGUAAAUAUCUUGAAUGGGUUCAAGAAAAUUCAGAAUCAAUUGAACAAUUUAAACAAUCUCAAGGUGGUGAAAAAUUGGAAGAAUUUAAUAAAUUGAUACAAGUUUCAAAUUCAGAAUUAGAGAAAAAUGGUUCUACUAAAGAAGAUGAUACUAAAUUUAAUGAAGAUGCAAUUAUGGUAUAUUCUGAAUUUUCAGGUAGAUUUUGGAAAUCAUUAGUUGAAGUUGGUGAUAUAGUUGAAAAAAAUCAUCCAUUGAUAGUUGUUGAAGCAAUGAAAACAGAAAUGGUUGUGAAUGCACAAGAAAAGGGUAAAGUGGUUAAAGUAUAUCAUAAAAAUAGUGAUAUGAUAGAUGCUGGUGAUUUAGUUGUAGUAUUAGAAUAA